ACAGACGACCCCGAACGGCAACGUAGGAGUCAGCCAGUAAAAGCAUGCUACUCUGAGCAAGCAGUCGCUUGCUUUUCGCGAUAAUUUUGACCUUUAAUAAUUGUCAACAAUGUCUCGUUGGACAGAACAUGACACUAUCCAACUUAUAGAAUUAUAUAAAUCUUUCCCAUACCUUUGGGAUUCGCGUAAUAAAUUGUACAAAUCCACGUUUGCAAGAAACUGUGCAUAUGAGUCGAUAUUAAGAAAAAUGGAAAACACUGAAUUAACAGUAAACGAUAUCAAGACGAAAAUAAAGAAUUUGAGGUCAUGCUACUAUCAUGAGCUUAGAAAAGUAAAUAAAUAUAAAUUAGAAGGUCGUAAAUAUACACCUUUGAUGGUUUGGUUUACAAAAUUUCAAGAAAUUAUGCAACUAGUGCAUAAAGUAGAAUAUGAAGAGGAAUCUGGUUCAGAAAGCGACGGGGUCAGUAUAGAAUACAUUGACGAAGAUAAGGACGCGUACAUAGUGUCAAUCAAGCAAGAAUUUCUAGAUGAGUUAAAAAAAGAGAGUAAAGAGGAACCUGAGGAAAUACCAUCCCCCCCUGCUGCUGUGUAUAAACCACAACAAAUAAAGCAGUAUAAACGUACCCCAAUACAAAAGAAGCAGGUAAAACAGUGUAGCGUCCCAAUGUCUGAAGUAAAAAUAGAAAAGGUUGACGAAAUACAAAUAUUCGCUAACAAAAUGGCGGAACGACUUAGAAGGUUGCCCUUAGAUAAAGCUUUAGAAUUACAAGUUGAGAUUCAAACUCUCGUCGCGAAAGAGCGAAUUGAUAUGUGUACUGAAGAAGAAGAAAACAAUACGAAUCAGAAUUAAUUAGAAAAAUGAAUGUCAAUUUUAAUGUUACAGUUAAUAAUUAAAUCUAAAUAAAUUCCAAAUUCAAAUA